AUGGCCUCUGCCGCGCCCGCGCCCGCGAAGCCCCCUCCGGUAAAAAUCGACGAGCCCGAGGAGUUGAAAGGAAAGGGCUGGAGCGGCAUGGAGCUCGAGAGCGGCACCUCCACCAAAGACGUCGCCGCCGACUCGGCGUUCGAGCGGGUCUUUGAGCGGUUGUACGGCAAGAUGACCUUCGAGGAGAAAUUACGGUUGAUCUGGCUGGCCGGGACGCUGUUUUUUAUUAUUGGAGGCUACUGGUUAUUGCGAAGCUUGAAGGAUCCGGUCAUCGCGACGAUCUGUGGGGUCGAGUACAUCCCGAAGGCCAAGAUGCUUUCGGUGUUGGUGGUCUUGGUACUGGUCUUCGUCUACAAUAAAUUGAUAGAUAUGUUCCCGAAGCACCAAUUAUUUUAUAUUGUCGGCGGCUUCUAUGCCGGGUUGUUCACCUUGAUAGCUUGCUUGUUGGCGGCGCCGGCCACGGCCCAAACGUCUAUAUAUAAUACGAACGCGUCUCCAUACAGACUCAUAGGCUGGAUCUCCUACUGUAGCAUCGAAUCGUUCGGUUCUAUUGGUGUUUCAUUAUUCUGGGCCUUCACGAACUCUACCUAUAACUUGGAGGGCGCAAAAAAGGCGUACGGCCUCAUGGUCGCGUGCGCGCAACUCGGUUCGAUCGCCGGUCCUACAUUAGUGAGCGUGGGCACGGAGGCCUACGGCGUGCCGACGAUCUACUUUUGUGGCGCGUUGUGCAUGGUCGCGAUGGUUUUGAGGCGGCGUCCCUUGUCUUUUCUUUCACGGCGCAUCUGCUCGAUGGCGUGGUGGCGCUGCGGCUCGCCGCUCGAUUUCUUUCCAUCGGUCGCGUCGAUGGCGUGCCGGUGACUUCUACACUGCCUCCCCGCCCGUCGCGGCGAGGGCGUGCUGGGGAGUCGACGUACCGCGACCCGACGCCGUCGCGACGCGACUGGGUCCGGCCAUCGGCCGCGGAGGUCACAGCGCGUCGCGCGCGCCGCACGACGGCGUUCCCAUGUCUGCGCGGUCGCGUGGAUGCGCGUCGAUGGCGUGAACGCCUCCCAAACUCUACGGAGGCGCUCUCACAGACGGCACCACACCCCGCGCCGCCGCCGCGACGCGCGCGUCGAUGGCGUUAUGCCACGCAGGUCGUCUCCAUCUACGGCUACAACCUGCGCUUCCCCCAGCAGCCCGACAGCCCCCGGGCGUCGACGAAGAAGAAGUCUAGCGCCGGCAUGACCGAAGGCUUGGUGCUCUUCUGGAAGUACCACUACGUGAAGGGCAUCUUCGCGCUGUCCUGUUUAUUCAUGGUCGAAGUUACUAUUCUAGAUUACUCGAUGAAAGUUUUAGCGAAGGCGAAGUUCGACAGCGAGCACCCCGGCGACCCCCACGCCGCGACGCGCGCCUUCGCGUCCUUCAUGGGCGUCUUCGGCCAGGCCGCCAAUGGGUUGUCGUUUUGCUUUUCGCUGCUGGGGACCUCCAUGGUCAUCCGGCGCCUCGGGCUGAACCGGACUUUAUUAUUAUUCCCUACUUUAUGCUUGGGUGCGAUAUGCUUCGUGUAUACUACUCCAACUUUGGAGGCGGUGUUCCUGGCCAUGCUGCUGCUGAAGGGGUUUUCCUACUGCUUGAACAACCCCUGCAAGGAGAUCUUGUAUCAACCAACAUCAUCAAAUGUCAAGUUCAAGGCCAAGAGCUGGAUCGACGUGUUUGGGGCCCGCGGGUCCAAGGCGCUUGGAUCCGUCGUGACCAAUGCUUUUUCCGAUAGCGCCGCCGAUUUGUUAUCUUACGGCGCGUUCGUGGGCAUGAGCGUCGCGUCGUUCCUCAUCUACGUCGCCUGGUGGCAGGGCCGCGAGUUCGAUAACCUAAUAGACGGCGGCGUGAAGCUCGGCGAGGAGCCCGAGCCCGUGCCCGCGUCUGCUGUGGACGAAGACGGCGAGGGCACGUCGUGCGGGCUCGAGGAGGAGGAGGACGACGGGGGCGUCGAGGAGAAGAAGAGUAUCAAUGUGUAA